UCCCUUUGGAAGGCUUCAGCAAACCAGAAUCCCCAGCCAGGAGGGCCCCAUCCAUCUGAGUUUCUGGGAAUUAUCAGAGCAGUUGGUACCAGAAGCAGAAAUUACCUGGAAAGGAGAAGAAUUGCUUCCCAUACUAUGAAAAAACUAUGGCCUAUUUCAUCAGUUAUUAUUAGUGGGUUGCUCUGAGUUUUUUAGACUCUAUGGCCAGGUUCCAGUAGCACUCUCUCCUGACGUUUCACCUCCAUCUGUGGCAAGCAUCCUCAGAGGCAGAGGCGGCCCUAGGUAAUUUUCAAUGAUGCAACCUGGGCAAGAAGAGCAAGAAAGACUUUCAUCACACCUGCAACAAACUUCAUCCAAUCUCUUCUUCCUACUGGCAUGAUCUGACACUCAAUAGAAAAUGUACCAGCUAUACAGAGAUCAUCGUGGAUUUGGCAGUGACAGCAGUGACACAUCCAGCUCUAUCCAGGGCGGCAGCGCUGAGAGCCAAAACAACAUCCUCCGCUCAGCUAGCAGUUCACCACACAUGUUGGAUGCAUUGCUGGCUGAAUUGACGCUCCCAGAGAAAACUCCAGCCCAUAAGUCACCUCGGACUCGGCCCGGCCGCAGCAGCGCAGUCGUCCCAGUGGAUCUCAACAUGAGCGAUGGGGAGACAAGUGUCUCAGACAGUGGCUCAGAAUCCCCAGUAUGUGUGGAAAUGCCACCACAGCCCUUCAUUCAUGAGCACACCAGCAGCAGCUUCAAUGCUCAGAUCUCUUGGACAGGACCACAAAACCGCGAGCUUAUUUCCUUCUAUGAGCUUGAACUGCAGGAGGCCCGACUGGAUGGCCAAGGCAAGAAUAUCCACUGGUUUUGCUCACGGACUGAAGAGCACCUGGAGAACCUGAUUCCUGACACUAAGUACGUGAUCCGGGUGAGGGCUCUCAAUGUGGCAGGUGCUGGGAAGUGGAGUGCACCUUAUACGUUCAGCACAAUGCCUCCAGUGCCAGGCAUGCCUCUGGAUCCAUGUCCUGUCACUGUCACCGUGCGACGAAGCAGGAAGUCCCAGAAGAAAACUAUAUUUGUUUCAGCACCUUAAGAGGACCUGUAACAUGGCAAUAAAAGUCAGCAACUUC